AUGCGCCCUAUUCUCGCAGAUGACAUCCAACAGAUCGACGAUGCUCGAAAGAACGCGGUCAUAGACAGGGAGCUCUCAAAGCUGGGCAUUGACAUCGCCUUCCUGCAAGAGACUCGUCUGGCUGAAGCGGGCCUGCCUCAGGAUGACCCAAGGCAACACGGCAUAGGCUUCGCCGUGAAGAACUCGCUGAUACCAGCCAUUGUACCACCAACUGGCAGAUCUGAGAGAAUCCUAGCACUGCACCUCUUAACAUCUACGAGUUUCGCCAAUGUCCUCUGCAUCUACGCGCCAACGCUCUGCGCGACCUCAGAGGUCAGGGACCAUUUUUAUGAGGCAAUCGAUGAGAUAUCCAGUUACCCCAAUACUGAAGGAUUAUACCUAUUGGGAGACAUUAGUGUCAGAGUGGAGGCCGACUGUGACACUUGGCCAUCUUGCCUCGACCGUCAGGGCAUAAGCAAGAUGAAUGAGAAUCGUCAGCGGCUGUGCGUGACGAACACCUACUUCAAGUUCAAAGAACGCCACAAAGUCUCUUGGAGACACCCCCGUUCUCGACACUGGCACCAGCUCGACCUUGUCAUCACCAGGCGUGCAGACCUAAGGAGCGUUCUUCACACUCGGAGCUUCCACAGUGCAGACUGCGACACGGACCACUCCUUAGUAGGCUGCAAAGUGAGACUGACAGCCAAGGAAAUACACCGUUCCAAAACCAAGGGCCUCUCUCGCAUCGACACUUGUCGCUCCAAUGACCCUGAGAGCUCUCGCCGCUUCCAAACCACCUUUAGUCCGAAGGUCGACACAUCCUCCUUCAGUGCCACUGACAUCGACAGUAGAUGGCACCACCUCCGUGAUGUCAUAUACACCUCAGCCCUUACUGCGUUCGGGAAGAAGGAUCGUCAAAAUGCGGACUGGUACGAAGCUCACGGGGAUGAGAUGCAGCCGGCCUCUGAAGCUAAGAGACAAGCACUCCUAGCCUACAAGCAUAACCCUUGCGUCAAUACUCGCGAUGUCCUCAGAGCUGCUCGCAGCAGGGUCCAACAGACUGCACGCUGCUACUACAACGACUACUACCGGCAUCAAAACCGCCACCGGCCCCACUCCCAUCAAGGCGGCUCCGCUGAGGUCCGGGGCGAGGGGGAGGUCAUUACGGACCGGGGCAAGCAGCUGGAGCGCUGGGUGGAGCACUACCUGGAGCUGUAUGCAACCCGGAACAUGGUGACGGAUGCCGCUCUGGAUGCCUUGCCCAGUCUCCCAGUCAUGGAGGAGUUGGAUGCCCCGCCCUCUGCGGAGGAACUCGGAAAAGCCAUCGACUGUCUUUCCUGCGGUAGGGCCCCCGAGAGGGACGGGAUCCCAUCGGAGGUUCUGAAGAGUGGCAAGCCGGCUCUGCUAGAGCAUCUCCACAAGCUCCUGUGCCUGUGCUGGGAGAAGGGCUACGUUCCCCGGAACAUGCGAGAAUCCAACAUUUGUCACCCUCUAUAA